AUGGAUGCCAACCAGUGCACAGAGCAAUGGCAGCGCACGAUCCUGAAGAAGAGCAGAUUGCUCAAGCAAAUUCAAGAGCGGAUCGCCGAUGAAAUCAAGGUCCCCCGCAUCACCAGAUCGGAAAAGCUCAACGUGCUGCAAGAUUGGAAAGGCGUCUUCACGAAUCAAAUCAAGGCCGACCUUGAACAAUGCUCCGGUCAGCUUCUCGCGCCGCUCCUCAGCGAGAUUCACGCUUCGCUUCCGUUGGAGGUCCGUGAGAAUAUCUACGAGCAUGUCUUCGACAUCAGCAAGCCGAUAGUCAUCCCAAGACUGGAACAUCCCAAGGUCGAGAUCGUGAACGGAAGAUUGCAAUCUGGCAGCGCUGGAGCGAGCGAGCAUGCGAAAGCCAUGCGCGAAGAGCUCAAUCCGUUCAUGCAUGACUACUGUUUCUCCGUCGCUGUGAUGGGUUCAUCAGCCAGUACUGAAUUCCAGAACCUAGCGCUUCGCAAAACCCCCUUCUACUUCCGGGGCUCCAGAACCAGUCUAAACGUUAGACACCUACUGAAUAUCGAGAUCCGGCCGGGGGUAUACUUCCGCAAUCUUGUCCGCCAAUUACGUGUGUACCUUCGCAGCGACACCGCCUUUCACGACGCCGAAGAUGUUGCAACGGGUGACGCUGACUUCAGCUAG